GUAAAAUUGAUAAGGGAAGGUCGCCCUCUGAGCCCUGCUGUUUGUUGUCGAACAGGAAAACAAAAAAAUCGCAGAGAAUUAGGGUUAGAGAGAUCUAAGGGUUUUUAAGGCGAGAAUGAAUGAGGUUGCGAUCUUGGUUCCAAAGUUUGGGGAUGAGUUGCCGCAGCGUAAACGGAAAUCGGAGAGCUUAUCCUACGCGGCCCCGAUAAGAAAUUUCCAUAAGGUUGAGUACGAUUCUUGCGAUGACGAGGACGAUGAGGACGAUUAUAUUGCCUCUAUGGUCGAGAAGGAAUACAAUCGACAAUUUCUAGAGUCUGACGGUUUCGAUGUUGAUCGCUUUAAUCUUCGGUAUGGUGGAUUAUAUCCCUACAUAUUGAGAGAUGCGUAUGACUAUCCAUACGACAUGGGUCUUUUGGGUAGAGUGGGACUUCACUGUUUCAAUCUUGAGAAGGGAACCAACCUCAGAUUGAUUGGUAUAAACAAACACAACGAUGAUAUGCUUGGUAGAUUGUGCCUGUACUACAUAACGUUGGAGGCCACGGAUACAUCCAACUCUCUUUGCAAUUUUCAGACUUGUGUUUGCCAAGAUUAUUCUCCCAAAGAGUCAUCCUUUAUGGUGCAGACCGAAAUUUCCAGACUGAAAGUUCCUGCUGGCCCUCGGACUACUUUAAUUGGGCCUCAGAGGAGAUGGAAAGAUGAUGCAGUAGAUGAUUCUUACAAAGGUAAAAUGCCGACCUGGUUGACGGACCAAGACCUGGCUAGCAAUAAGGGGCAAUUUUAUGAGUUGCAAGAAUCAGACUGGCAAGGAAUUGAGUGGCUUCAUAUGUACGCUGAGUUUGCUUUUUACUCCAAAAGCAUUACAUAUACGACUGACUUGAGGCCUUUUCUACCACUUGAGAUAAAGAAGAUAUUUGUACAAACUCUGGAAAACAGAGAAGCGUCACCACAUAUGAUAGACAAGGCCACCAACGCCAUCUUCUACAUAAGUUUCAAGGGAAAUGGUGAUCCGACUGGUACACCUAUGGAGUACCAAGCUAUUGUAAGGAGAACCAUGGAUGGGAUGCCGGGACACAUUUGCCUAGAGUUUGACUGCUUGGCCUACAAGUCCAGUUGAAUGUCCCUCCUAAAUUUAUGUAACUAGGUUUGAACCCAGCGGGACAAACUUUUUUAUACUGUAUUUUGAGUUAUAAUGUCAUUUACCUAAGUUUUAAAAUUCUUAUUUAUGACUAAACUAUCAAUUAAACCA